AUGCUACUGAAGGGAAAAGCUGGUGCUGGUGGGUCGAAGAGUUCCGGGAGCGCGGGUUCUCGCAACCCUGAAGCUGGCGCGACUCCGUCUUUCCCAGAGGAUGAAGAAGUGGAAGAGGAAGAUGCUGCUGCUCAACUUAUUGGGCGGAAAAGGGGUAGGAGCGAGGCUACAACUGGUGUGGCUUCCGCGCCUCAAUCUGUUGUGAUCCCUGCGAUAGGGAAGACGAGCAGGCUGCGCUCGUUGUAUCAAUUUUCUCCUGAGAUCAAGAAGAAGACCCCUGAAAAGGCGGUUACAUUCAGUGAGGCGGGGGUAAAAAGACCCAAGAUAACCGUCAGGCCCACUGACACUGCAGCCCAGGACGCCGCGAAGGCGGCUGAGGCGCAGCGAAAGGUGGAGGAGGAAGAAGAGGAAAGGAAGCGCAGGGCGGAGCAGGAGAGGCUUGCUGAGGUGGCUAGGAAGCAGGCCUUGGAGAAGGAGGUAGCGGCGAAAAAGGCUAUGGAUCAGCCUUUGAAGUCUCAAGGUCCUGAGGUCACCAGGCCAACCAGCACCGGCCCUGUUAUCACUUCGAAAGGGUCCGGCCGCUACUCUUCUAGCGGCGCGAGCUCCGGUGGAGCCGGGGGUUAUAACCCUAACGUGAUAGGGGCGAAAGAUACCGUUGGAGAUAUCUACUAUAAGACAUAUACUGAAGAAGAGCGUGGGGAUGCUCCUCAUCAAGCCCCCUGGAGUUUAAAACAGAAAGAUACUUUUAUCGAAUUCAGCCCUGCGCGUGAGUGGUUCCUGAACUCCUUUACACCUGCUGAAGUCCAUCGACAAAGGGCGAAACCUCACGAAAUGUUGUAUCGUACUUAUAUUCUUGGUGAGGCUAACGCUCGUGCUGCCAACCAUCAAAUAGUUCGCGAAUGGCGAACGAUGGUUCGGGAGCGCGCCGACUGGGAGGCUUAUCGCGAGCGUAAGCUGAAACGUAUUGCUGAAUUCGAAAAAUCGAAAGCCGCGUUUGGUGAGGAGAGAGCCAAGUUUGAGGCUGACAAGAAGGCUGAAGAGUGGGGUCGCGAGGGGCUGCAGAAAAAACUCCACAAUGUUGAGGAGCAACUGGCCAAGGAGAAGGCCGAUUUUAAGCGCAUAUGCGCCCAAGACAACGAUCGUGCUUUUGCGUUACGACAGAAGAUCGUUGAUCUUGAGGCCAAAGUUGCGGACUUGACCUCAAAGGUGGAGGAAGCGCAGGGUGAAAGAGCUGCCAAGCAGCAGAUGGAGGUUGAGCUGACUGAAGCCAAGGUGCAAUUGUCUAACAAGGACAAGGAUCUCCAUGCCAAGGACGUUGAGAUAGCGGAACUCAAACGUCGCUUGAAUGAGCAAAUCGACAGAUGCGAGUCUUUGGAGAUUGACCUUGAGGCUGAGAAGGUCAAGGCCGCUGAUGCGGAGGAGGCGCGUGCUGUGAGCACUGCCGCGCUGAAUGUGGCCCAAACCAACUAUUCUGAGGCUCAAGGUAUCGUCGAUACGCUUGUCUCAGAAGCGGAGUGGAUGCGCACUCGUGGAGUAGUGUUGGUUGCCAACUCCAUCCUAAAUGCGAACGAGCUAGAUCGCGCCGUAGCGGCUCUGACAGACGCGGCGCGUGCGGUGGGUCAUCGGGGAGGCUACCUGGAGUGUGCUGAUCAUGUUGAGCAAAUGCUUGGGCAAGAAUUUGACACAAGUCAUUGCUCAGUGACAGAACAUGCCGAUGCUGCGCUGGCAAGUGCUGAAAAUUCCUAUGACAACCUCUCCUUGCCUAUCAUGGAGUUAGUUGUCGAAUCGUUAAAGAAAGACGACUGGUGCCAGCGUCUUAAGGCAAUCCUCGAUCCACCAGUUACCGUCGAGGUGUCUGACGAAGAGCCCGCCGGUGACGACGGUGAUGAUGGCAAUGACGAUGAUGGUGAAGACGACGGAGAUGAUGGUGAUGAUCGUCGCGAAGAAUAG